AUGAUGAACAAGGUACGCCACUUCAUCUACGAUGACCAAGACACUACCUUUUUCAUUGCUCGCGAGCAGGUUGACCGAGAAGACAAAAAUGAAGAUGGCAAGAGUUCUGAGGAGAAGGAAUAUACCAUCAUCACAGAGAACGAAGUUGUCUUUCGUAGACAAGCCUGUGCCGUGGCAUUGCUGAAACGGAGCCCUGCGACCUUUCGAGCGGCCUAUGAAGGCACCUUGGAAGAAGGUGCCGUUCCUUCCAACGGCAACUUUACGUCGCACCUCCAGUUGCUGACCAUGGGAGCAGAGUCCGAGUGGUCUCCCUUCGAGCUUGUCCACCUCUAUCUUCAGAACGGCUUUGCGCCGCUGUUUAACGCGGUUGCGAAGCAGUCAGAAAGCGCCAACAAGACGGGUGCUGGCGAUGACCGCGAGGAACUCAAGGUCGGUGUCCCGAAUGUGAUGCGGAAGAUCAUGGACCUAAGUAUGGCGCUGAUGCAGUGCCAGCAGAACGUUGAUAUCGAAAACAUUUCUCUUCCACUAGAUCCAGAAAUCGCGGAGGCCUUCGAGAAGGCGAAGUCAGAAGGAAGGCAGCUAAGCACUGACGACUUUAAGGAACGUAUGAACGACUCGACCUUCCAGAAUCAACUGCAAAGCGGUGUAAACAAAUGGAGCAAGGAGAUUCAACGGGCUGCGAAGAUGCAGCGUGAUUCAUCGACGGGCAGCACGAUGCAAGAGAUCAAUUUCUGGCUCGGCAUGGAGAAAGUCCUCAAUGAUGCUCAGCAGCAGCUGCAGACGCCGGAGAUCCAGCUGACCCUGAACCUCUUACGUGGCGCACGGCGCUUCCUGGCCACCAUGUCCUUCGAGGCGGACACGGGGCUGAAGCCAGCCAUCGAGAAGGUGUCGAAUUACCUCAGCUUGCUCCGGGACUUCCCCAUCAACGAGCUACUCGUGGCUGGUGGCUGA